AUGUCAACGGUACACAGAGUGGUGGUACACCCCAGCCGAUACACUCAAGGGGCAAGUCCUUUCGAGGUGUCGACAAGCGAUGCUCCGCUGAAAGAUCUCAACGCCGACAGCCGGCACGUUCUAAUCGUCGGCGGCGGUGUCAGUGGAUUGUUAGUCGCAUGGAUGCUGCUGGACAAGGGCAUCCGAGUGACAAUUCUUGCCAAAGAAUGGGCACGCACUUGGGACUUCAGCGAGCCCCGUAUUACAUCUCAAAUUGCAGGGGCUUUGUGGGAGAUGCCCCCCGGGGGGUGUGGCUUAACUGAAAUCGAAACCCCAGGUGCUGGCUGGGCUACCGUGGAACAUUAUCGAGAAUGGGCGAUGCAAAGCUACAAUUUCUAUAUGAAAUAUGCUGAAGUUUCUAACGAGCACGAGAAAGGAGGCUCCUCGUUGGGCCUCUCCGUCGCCAAACUUCAUCAAUUCUUCUAUGACGAUGCCAUCACUUCGUGCAGCAAGAAAUCGCCGAGACAUGAACACUAUAACAAAUAUGCCGCCGUCAAAACACGGAUUGGUGGUGUUGAAGUGUAUCCGGACAAAGAAGCAAUCGCACAAAGGUUCGACAAGUCAAUUAUCAAUCUGAGUUCCGGUGGAAACCAUUUUCAAAGCGGUUACACCCAUACAGCUCCGAUUAUCAAUACCGACAAAGCCUUGGCCUAUCUGAUGGCCCUUGUGCAGCGAAAGGGGGCAACACUCGAGACCCGAGAGGUGAAAGAUCUAAGGGAAACUGGCCAAAGGUUGCUGACGGACUACAAAGCGGAUGCGAUUGUCAAUGCCACAGGUCUCGGUGCAAGAGAGCUAGUCAACGAUGAGGAUGUUUACCCUGUUCGUGGCGCCGUCCGUCGCGUUGAAAAUACACGCCACAGCAAGUUCCGGCACUUAAAUGACGCCUACCUGGUUCCUGCACAAAUCGGGCCCGAUGGGCUCCCUUCCAAGACUGUGUUUAUUGUACCUCGGAACGACGAUAUCCUCUACGUGGGUUCCAUUAUCCAACCACAUAACGAGAAUAUGAACUUGACUCCUGAAUCGCCUGAGGUCCAGCAGAUGUGGGAUCGGGCAGGAGACUUUAUGCCCAGUUUGAAUCAUGCAGGAUUUGUGAACCACUUCCCUUUCGCCCAGGGCUUGCGGCCAUUUACCAAGAAGAACGUCAAGGUCAGGGCUGACGAGGACUGUGGAUUUCCUCUCGUCCAUAACUAUGGACAUGGAGGGUCUGGGUGGACAAUAGGCGUUGGAACCGCUCAGUGCGCGGUCCAUAUUGUCGAGACGCUUCUCGAUGAUAAAGAUAAAACUGGUCUUUUACAAGUGGUUGGCAUGCAGACAGAUUGGUCUGACAUUAAAAAGGAGAAAUUCUCUAAUGCAAUCAAGGGAACCCUGGGAGCAAAUGAAAAAUCUGAGCUCUUAGACAAAAUUCAGGCUUCAGGUGUUCCAGAAUCCUGUAAAGAUCGGCUUAAAAACGUGGUCAAUUCGUGGUCUGCAGAAUUGAUCAAGGCAUCGGCCAAGAUCGGCAACCAGACGUUGACAGAUGUUGACGACAGGCUUAUCGAUGAUAAAACUAAUCUUUUAGAAGUGGUUACGCAGUCGGAUUGGAAUGACGAGGAGAAAGACAAGUUUCGGAAUGCUAUCAACGGAACUCUGGGGGAAACUGAAAAAGCCGAGCUCUUAGACAGAGUUCGGGCCUCCAGUUUGCAAAUUCCAGAUACUUACAGAGAUCGGCUUACAAACGUGGUCAGGCUGUGGUCUGCAGAAUUGAUGAAGGCGUCAGCCAAGGCUACCAACGACGCCAUAUAUCCUAUUGAGGAUAAUGUGUACAAGGCACGACUUUAG